AUGGCCCUCAGCAUCGCCAACCCGGCCGGCCCAUCGCCAAAGACAUCGGCAUCGCCUCCUCCCUUGUCGACAUCGCUGUCAUCAUCAGCGGUGCGGUCGCCAUCACCACAGCCGCCUCCUGCAAGCCCUCUCACGCCUCCUGCCCAACCAGCCAAGCUCGCAACCACAACCCCACCCAAACCCAUACAACAACCACCGCCGCCUCAGUUCAUAGAGCAGCCACCUUCGCUGCCCUUUUCCAGCCAUGAUUCAAGUGAUGCCAUAGCCUUGCGCGCCGCCAUUUCCUCUCUCCAGUUCCAGCGCCUCCAGGCUCAACGAGACUUGCGCACUCUCGAGGAUAUCAAGCGCCAGGCUGUCGAGCGCCCAGAAGAAUAUCGCCGGCAUGUCAUCGCAACUGCUCACGCUAAACCUUUACCUCCGCCAUGGGCUGUAAAGGACUCUCCGGACCAGGGCAUGGAGGAUGAUGACGAUGCUGUUCUCGGCGCUUCCAGCAUGAGCGAACACGACCCUGUCGAUUCGCAAUCCGAGGCCACGACCAAGCCAUCUCCAAUCUCAUACGGCUCCAUGUUGCACUCACAAACAGCAAAGAACACACAUCAGACUUCCACCUUUCCUGCUGUUCCGUUACCGCAAGACAUCGUCCGGUGUCCUCCCAUCGAAUGGGCAAAGUACAACAUCGUUGGUGAAUCCCUGGACAGGCUUCACCGCGACCAACAAGUACGACCAGGAGACGCUGUCUCGGCUCAGCGCGAUAGUGUUGUUGCUGCUCCCUACAACCCUUUCCUGGAUAAGCUAGAUCCGCGACCAGUGCCGGAGGCCACCCCUUCGUCGAGAAAAGACAGUGGUUCUUCUGCCUCGGAUCAGCACGCGCAACGCAGGUCUAGCAAACCUGCCAUGUGA